AUGUUCGCUUUCGCAGCCUUCGGCCAGCGGAACCUGUUUGCAGCUACCGGCAGCGGGGCGAAGGGCCUGGCCGGAAGGUUAGCCAUGGAGGCGGCGGCGCGGAGGCGGCACCCGGGAGCGGCGGGCGGCUCCGGCGCGCAGCCGGGCGCCUCCUUCCUGCAGGCCAGGCACAGCUCCGUCAAGGCUGAUGAGGCUGCUGGCACGGCUCCCUUCCACCUUGACCUCUGGUUCUACUUCACUCUGCAGAACUGGGUUCUGGACUUUGGCCGCCCCAUAGCCAUGCUGGUGUUCCCUCUCGAGUGGUUUCCGCUCAACAAGCCCAGCGUGGGGGACUACUUCCACAUGGCCUACAACAUCAUCACGCCCUUCCUCCUGCUCAAGCUCAUCGAGCGGUGCCCCCGCACCUUGCCACGCUCCCUGAUCUACGUUAGCAUCAUCACCUUCAUCAUGGGGGCCAGCAUCCACCUGGUGGGCGACUCAGUGAACCACCGCCUGAUCUUCAGUGGCUACCAGAACCAUCUGUCGGUCCGUGAGAACCCCAUCAUCAAGAAUCUCAAGCCAGAAACGCUGAUCGACUCCUUUGAGCUGCUCUACUACUACGAUGAGUACCUGGGCCACUCCAUGUGGUACAUCCCCUUCUUCCUCAUCCUCUUCAUGUACUUCAGCGGCUGCUUUACUCCCACCAAAGCUGAGAGCUCAAUGCCAGGGGCAGCCCUGCUCCUGGUGGUGCCCAGCGGCCUGUACUACUGGUACCUGGUCACCGAGGGCCAGAUCUUCAUCCUCUUCAUCUUCACCGCCUUUGCCAUGCUGGCCCUCGUCCUGCACCAGAAGCGGAAGCGCCUCUUCCUCGACAGCAACGGCCUCUUCCUCUUCUACUCCUUCGCCCUCGCCCUCCUGCUCGUGGCGCUGUGGGUCGCCUGGCUGUGGAAUGACCCCGUCCUCAGGAAGAAGUACCCGGGCGUCAUCUAUGCCCCCGAGCCCUGGGCCUUCUACACCCUCCACGCCAGCAGCCAGUACUGAGUCCUGGGCACCGGCCCCUGGUGCUCUGUGGGCGGGAGAUGGACGGUGGAGAGUGCCGGGAGUGUGUGCGUGUGCGCACCCACUGGGGACGGACGGCCGAAGGCGUCUGCGUGUGCGGAGUGUAUGCGUGUGCGCACCCACUGGGGACGGACGGCCGAAGGCGUCUGCGUGUGCGGAGUGUGUGCGUGUGCACCCACUGGGGACGGACGGCCGAAGGCGUCUGCGUGUGCGGAGUGUGUGCGUGUGCGCACCCACUGGGGACGGACGGCCGAAGGCGUCUGCGUGUGCGGAGUGUGUGCGUGUGCGCACCCACUGGGGACGGACGGCCGAAGGCGUCUGCGUGUGCGGAGUGUGUGCGUGUGCGCACCCACGUGUGUAGCCCACAGCUGAGAGUGUGGGUGAGAGC